ACAUUAAUAACAGACAGACUUCACCAAAGAAAUUAACUAAAUUAACUAAAUGAAAAUAAAUAUAUUAUAAUUCAUACAAUAAUGAAUUCAAACUAGUAAUAAUAACAAGAAGAAGAAAAUGACAAUCAUAAUAACAAUACUCGUAUAACUUCCUCAUCUUGAUAAAUACAUCUUGAUAAUCUCACCUCACAGAGGAGACAGACGGGACAGAGAUACACUCUGAAGACCAACUCUGCUGGAUCGGGUUCUGGUUCUGAGGAUCUGGUUCUGAGGUUCUGAGGUGCUGCUUGUUGAGGAUCUGGAUCAUGGAGACAAGACUGAAACCAGCUGCUGUUCUGCUGCUGUUUCUGCUGCACAGCUGCCUGGCAGACCAAGUUUUCCUCCACAGCCAGCGGGCCAAUCAGCUGCUGGUCAGGAACCGUAGAGCCAAUCAGCUGUUUGAGGAGAUUAAACCAGGUAACCUGGAGAGAGAAUGUGUAGAAGAGAUCUGUGACCAUGAAGAAGCCAGAGAGGUGUUCGAACAGAUGGAUGAAACGAAGAACUUCUGGAUGAAGUAUCAGGACUGUAAAGGAACUCAGAUGAUAAGAACAGAAGACAACAUCAACAUUGUGAGACAAUGUUUAGAAGGUCAGUGUAUCUCUGGUUCAGGAGUGAACUAUGAAGGAAACAUCAACAUCACACAAUCAGGAAGACAAUGUCAAGCCUGGAGGAGCAGCUACCCACAUCCCAUAAUCAGAGAGUUCAACGCUUCAGAUCCAAACAGCGUCCUGCAGGAGAACUUCUGUAGAAACCCGGACAGCCGUACAGAGGGACCCUGGUGUUUCACCAAAGACCCCACAGUCCAGAAGGAGACCUGCAGGGUCCCCACAUGUGGCCAGGACUUUGUCCCGCCCACUGUGGCCCCUGAACCAAUCAAAACCGGCCAAUGUUUACCCAAUCAUGGCCUGGAGUACACGGGCGACCUGGCCGUGACCCUGGGAGGACACACGUGUCUUCAGUGGUCCUCUCUGGAGGCCAAGGCCCUCAGCGUGGACAAGGACUUCAUCCCCGAGGUCAGUCUGCCAGGAAACAAGUGCCGGAACCCGGACAAGGACCCCGAGGGCCCCUGGUGCUACGUUGAGGUCUCUGGAAACGUGACCAUGGACUACUGCGACCUGGAGCUGUGUGAGGACCCGCUGGUUGAGGACCAUCAGACGACGGAGACAGAAGGUCGAGAACGAUCCGUCCUCAGAGCCCCCAAGAAAAUGUUCUUCAGUCCUCGAACCUUCGGACAAGGAGAGAGUGUGUGUGGAGAACGCUCCCUGUUUGAAAAGCUGAACAAAAAGGACGCGAAUGAGGACGAGCUGCUGGAGUCGUACAGAGAGAAACGCAUCGUCGGGGGAAACGACGCCGAAGUGGCCUCAGCACCAUGGCAGGUGAUGCUGUACAAGAGGAGCCCCCAGGAGCUGCUGUGUGGAGCCAGUCUGAUCAGCGACCAAUGGAUCCUCACUGCCGCUCACUGCAUCCUCUACCCGCCCUGGAACAAGAACUUCACCGCCGGCGACAUCCUGGUCCGACUCGGGAAACACAACCGGGCCACGUUCGAGCGUGGUGUCGAGAAGAUCGUGGCCAUCAGCGAAAUCAUCGUCCACCCGAGGUACAACUGGAAGGAGAACCUGAACCGGGACAUCGCCCUGCUGCACCUGAGACGUCCGUUGGUCUUCAGCGACGCGAUCCACCCGAUCUGCCUCCCCACCAGGAAGGUGGCUGUGAAUCUCAUGACCGAAGGCUACAAAGGUCGAGUCACCGGUUGGGGGAACCUGAAGGAAACCUGGAGCCCCUCGGCAAGAAAUCUACCCAAAGUGCUCCAGCAAAUCCACCUGCCGAUCGUAGACCACGACACCUGCCGCAGCUCCACGUCGGUCAAGGUCACCGACAACAUGUUCUGUGCUGGUCACCAUCAAGAGGACGCCAAACGUGGAGACGCCUGUGAGGGAGACAGCGGUGGACCGUUUGUCAUGAAGUACCCGGCUGAGGACCGCUGGUACCAGAUGGGCAUCGUGUCGUGGGGCGAAGGCUGCGACCGAGAUGGAAAGUACGGCUUCUACACUCACGUGUUCAGGAUGACCAGGUGGAUGAGGAAGAUCAUCGACAAGACGGGAAAAAACGACGACUAAAAUAACACUUCCUGUUAUGUAGACAAUGCUAAUAAAGUUUGUCCAAAUCCUACAACA